AUGAUUUGAUUAUGUAAAGUUAAAUCAGUGUCGAUUUAAUGUUAAUUAGUAGUGUAGUAGGAAUAAUUUAAAGAACUUAUUAUUGUUCGAAAUUUUACAUAAUUGUAAUAAGCAAAAAAACCUGAACAAAAAAAUGUUAAAAAAACAUUGUUGUGAUUUCAUCACGCGACUCUCAUAACAAAUACGAAACUAAUUCGUACUGAUUUUGAUGAGACGAAUAUUAUCUCCAUAAAUGUAAAAAUAUUCAAUCCAGUUGUGUUUGUAACGUGGCUCCGUUGAUACGUUUGGCAAAUGUCAAAGCACAGGCAUAAGUUUUUUUUUAAUUCAACGCGCACUGUGAACGAUAUGAUCGCAGUAACUUUUUAUUUUUUAUUAAUAUCCGGCGUUGGCUGUCUGCGCCUCGAGCAAGUCUUAAUUUUUAGUCGUCACAACAUAAGGGCUCCAAUAACAAAAGACACAGAAGAAUACACAAACAAAAUAUUUCCGAAAUGGUCUUUGGAGCCGGCCCUGCUGACGGAAAAGGGGGCCUUAUUGGAAGGCUACAUGGGCGAAUAUCUAACGAAAUGGAUGACAGAGAAUCAACUCUUACCCGGAACGUGUCCCGACAAAGAAACCGUUUUGAUUUAUGCGAAUAACAAGAGACGAACCAUAGCUACUGCGAAGGCGUUUGUCGAUGCCGCAUUCCCUGACUGCAAUGUAAACGUGAAGUAUGAAAAGGAUUUUGAUAUACAUGACAUCACUUUUAAUUAUGCUAUUCAUAACACCACCGAAGCCUACAAACAAAAAGUACUCGAAGAAAUCGAGGAAAUGCUCGCCAAUUGUAAACUAACAGAUGCCUACGAAGAAUUAGACAAGAUUAUCGACAUAAAAACCUCUAAAAUAUGCGAAACUAAAGGAUUCUGCGAUUUGGUCCACGACAAGAAUAUUGUAAUUUAUCACGCUGGCGACAAACUGAAGUUGAACGGACCUCUGACAAUAGGAAAUGAAGUAGUUGAUAAUUUUAUAAUGAGUUACUACGAAGGACGUCCUCUGGAAGAAGUUGCGUGGGGAGAAAUCACUAGUCCCGAGCAAUGGAAAGUUCUAACUAAAAUAACGGCUAUGGAUCAAAAAAUACGGUUUAAUAUUCCCUCAUCUGUCAAGGAUACUGCCCGACCUACGAUCAGAUAUAUGAGGUCUAUAUUCACAAAUGAAAAUAUUAAACUUGCUUUGCUCGUGGGCCACGAUGCGAAUUUGAACUUAAUAACCAACGCUUUAGGCUUCAAUCCGUUUGUGUUACCUGAGCAGUACGAGCCGUACCCGGUAGGCGGGAAGAUUAUAUUUCAAAAAUGGAAAGACGCGGCCGGUGAUUAUUAUUUGAAAGUAGAAUACGUUUAUCUGUCAUGGAAUCAAUUAAGAGAUGGCGUUAAAAUUAACAUUCAAAGCCCGCCAUUACGAGUUACAUUGGGAAUCAAAGACUGCGCGAUCGAUAAAAAUGGUUUAUGUCCGUGGGAUGAUUUCAUAAAAUUAAUAAAUAAGUAUUAAAUUUUCGUUAAUUUCAUAAUUAAUGUGUAUGUGUAUAAAACAAAAUAAACACAAUUUUAAGUAAA